GUUGCGACAUACAACUCUUACCACUACUGCUAUCUUACUUUUUUGAACUUCAGACAACAUCCUCCCUUCAGUGUCUUCUAGUGAGCAGUCUAUACGUUCGCUAGCGGACUGAAACUUCGAGUGAGUCACUAUACUUUGAGGGAACGAAGACAAACGGCAACUUGUAGCUAUACCGUUCGCACUCUACUUUUCAAAGAGCGCGUAGUUGCUUCUUCUUCUGCAUCUAAGGCGUCUGCUGCCUUUUUUCUCGGAGGAGUCCUCCGACCGUCUUUAUUGACUACACGUUAUCUAUUUUUCUCUUGUAACUGCUAUUGCAAUUGCACUUGUCAAAAAACGCCAACAACAACCUCAUGAAGCAGCAGGUAAAUUUGGAACAUAAAAUUCCUAUGACCGACGAGCAGCAAGAUAAGACACAGUCUAAUUUGUAAAAACCGAGGAUGGCAGAAAACCGUGCGGCCACAAUCGCCUCGCAUGUCAAUGCGGGGAAGUCGGGCGACUCGGAGAUGGCCUUUUUCGAACAGCGAAAAGCGAAGAAUGAGGCCUUCAUGUCAUCCAAACGCUUCCAAUACGUGGAAAGACCGUACUACUUUCUUACAUUUGCAUUACUUGGUGGGUAGUUACAGUUAGUGAUGGAAAUUGGACCGCGGAAUUGAUGCAUACUAGUCAUGAACUUUUCUGUAGUUUUGUUCGCAACUACAAGCGCAUCACCCCAGUUGUCGCCAUUAAAAGUAAAGAUACGAAAUCCCAGCUCUUCUAAUAACCAGGUUUGGUCCCGCGGAAGUGACCCGGUUUCAGGGUACCCGACAGGAACUCCCCAACUACCCUUCUGCCACCAGUGCCGCGAAGCUGUACACGCUGCUGCGCGACCACCGGGAGAAGGGCAAGAUGUCGCACACGUUUGGGGCGCUGGACCCGGUGCAGGUGGUGCAGAUGGCGGAGGCCGGGCUCAGUUCGGUCUACGUAAGCGGCUGGCAGAGUUCCUCCACCGCGAGCACGAGCAACGAACCAGGCCCGGAUCUCGCGGACUACCCCAUGGACACGGUGCCGAACAAAGUGGAUCAGCUGUACAAGGCACAGGUGUUUCACGACCGGAAGCAGUUCGAGUUCCGCAUGCGCCAGACGCCGGAGUGGCGCGCGAAGAACCCGGCGGUGGACUACAUGCUGCCCAUCAUCGCGGACGCGGACACCGGGCACGGGGGCCUGACGGCGGUCAUGAAGCUAACCAAGAUGUUCAUCGAGAAUGGCGCGGCAGGGAUCCACCUCGAGGACCAGAAGCCGGGCACGAAAAAGUGCGGGCACAUGGGCGGCAAAGUACUUGUCCCCGUGUCGGAGCACUGCCAGCGGGUAAUCGCGGCCCGGCUGCAGGCCGACGUGAUGCGGUGCCCACUGCUAAUCGUCGCCCGCACGGACGCGGACGCCGCGACAUUACUGGACUCCAACGUGGACGGGCGCGACCACCCCUUCAUCCUCGGCGCGACGGUGUCGAAUGUGGAGUCCUUGCGGGAGGCCACGGCCAAGGGUACGGACAAGGACUGGAUGAAGCGCGCGCAGGCGAAGACCUACCCGACGCUGAUCCGCGAAAAACUCGCUGGGGAUGCAAACAAGGUGAAGGAGUGGGACAGCAAGUGCUACCAGCUCUCGCUCCCGGACUUGAAAGCGCUGGCAAAGAAACUCGGGGCGGGGGAUCCGUUCUUCGAUUGGGAGGCGCCGAGGGUGGUGGAAGGUACUGUGACGGGGAGGCUUGCAAGAACUCAUGAUACGGACGGGAUUUUAUGUUUCUAGUCGCAUUGAGGGGAUGAGAACGAAGAUUUUCCAUUGCUCUAUAAUGAUUUCUGCGGACAAAAUUUUUCCAGGUUACUACCAGAUCCAGGGCGGUACCAAGAUGUGCUCCGAGCGCGCGAAGGCCUUCGGAAAAGUUGCAGACAUCGUGUGGAUGGAAACCGCAAAGCCUGGCGUGCAGCAGGCAAAGGAUUUCGCGGCCGACGUGUCUGCCACCCUCCCGCAUCUCAUGCUGGUAUAGAUAGGAACAAUUUUCAUUGCAAGUCGUUGAUAUUCUUGUUCGGGAUUGCUGCGCAUACCGAGAGCAGAAUCACAACAAAUGGAAAUUCAAUGAGGAUUUUCCUCAUGUUUAACUUCAUUUCUACAGGCGUACAACCAAAGUCCGAGCUUCAACUGGGACGCCUCUGGGUUGUCAGACGAGGAGAUGCGUACGUACAUUUCCGCCCUGGCCAAGAUGGGUUUCUGCUGGCAGUUCAUCACCCUGGCCGGGUUUCACUCAGACGCGCUGGGAAUUACCCGAUUCGCCCGCGCCUACAAGGAGGACGAGAUGCUGGCAUACGUGACGCAGAUCCAGCGCUCCGAGCGCAAGGAGGGGGUUAGCACGCUGACCCACCAGAAGUGGUCCGGUUCAGAGCUGAUCGAUGCGCAGCUGGGCGCCGUCACCGCGGGCAAGAGCUCAACUUCAAUCAUGGGCGCCGGAGUUACCGAAAAGCAAUUCUGACACAGUACUGCCAUGGAUCGUCAUCAUCAUGUCAUUGCCAACAAUGACGACAAGUUCGCCACAAAAACGAACAGCGGCUUGAAUAUCCUACACUCUCACUUUGUAAAUUUUAAGAAGCGCCACUCUAUGCCUAUCUAUGCAGCUACUUAUUGUGUUUCUUCCCGAGCACAUAUCUUGAGCUAGCACAGGUACGGACAUUUUUGACUUGACAAAACGCAUGAAAGCACACCUCUUUUGGUGUGCCGAACUAGUGUAAGAUAGGGCAGUACUAGUAAUUACUAUCAUGUCGUCAGUUGCAGUGCUUCUCGCUGGAACUAUUUUCCACCAUCACAAUUUAUGAUGCUCACAUGAUCUGAGUUGUAUCUCGGAGAUAGAACAAACUAUACCUGAACAAGUACUGCAAACGACGCCCACAGUGUCUAAUGAGCGGUACGGAUGUGUGACUGAGGGGAGAGAAAAAACAAUGUGCCAUCAAACAGCUUGUGCAGAUGAAACCAAUAGUGUGUCUAGCUGUCACUACAGAUUUUCCACCCAAGGCGUGUCUAAGCGCAGGACUCGGCUCACAUUAUCAGAGUCGCGUCCGCGCGCUCCGAUGGUCUUGCAUCGUUUUGCGCAUAGCAAAUGCUAAAGACAGAGUAACGUGUACUUUAAUUUAGUGGUAAUAAAUGUGGCAGAGGAGAGUUUGAAAUAUGUAGCUAGACGAUUGUUAUCCAUCGCUUCUACUUGAUGUACAACUUACUUUCCGAAGUAUGUGAUCCACCUUUUUUUCGUGACACCCUACAUUUUCGUGUACUUGCUUCUUUUCGUCCUGCACUUGCACUCGUGACACCACCAAAAAAAGUAAUUUGAUUACGGAAUAAACCAAAAAUGUUACUAGUUCACAGCAAUACAACAACUACGUGAUGAUAUACGCAAGCGAAAUACAUGCGCCAGAAAAUGGAAUAUAUGCGGUUUAUGAGUAUCUACCAUAUGGGCUUUGUUUGUUUCGUUCAGACCCACGCGCGGAGAUUUCCAGCUAUGACAUGACCUGCAGCCGUUUCAGUAAAAAUUUCCUGAGCUUGGUAAACAGAAU